AUGCCUUCCACCACCCUGGACCAGAGUCUCUUUGACUCAAUCCCAGACUCCAUCGAGGCUUUCCGCAGAGGCGAAUUCCUCGUCGUGCUUGACGACCCCUCGCGCGAAAACGAAGCCGACCUCAUCAUCGCCGCCGAAGCCGUCACCACCGAGCAGAUGGCCUGGAUGGUGCGCCACUCGUCCGGCUACAUCUGCGCGCCCAUCACCCACGCCCGCGCCGACGCCCUCGGCCUGCCGCCCAUGGUCCAGCGCAGCGAAGACCCGCGCGGCACCGCCUACACCGUCUCCGUCGACGCCGCCGACCCCUCCGUCACCACCGGCAUCAGCGCCCACGACCGCGCCCUCGUCUGCCGCGUCCUCGCCGACCCGGCCUCUUCGGCGUCCAGCCUGCGCCGCCCCGGCCAUGUGCUGCCGCUGCGAGCUGCUCCCGGCGGCGUGCGAGCCCGCAACGGCCAUACCGAGGCUGCCACCGAGUUCUGUCGCCUGGCCGGCAAGGCGGAGGCGGGCGUCAUCUGCGAGAUUGUCGACGACGGCGAGGUCGUUCCCGGACGGGCGGUGCACAACAACCCUGGUAUGCUGAGGGGCGAGGCCUGCAUUGCUUUUGCGCGGAAAUGGGGGCUCAAGGUCUGCACGAUUGCUGAUCUGGUGACGUAUGUUGAGAAGACGGAGGGCAAGCUUCCGGUCAAUGGAUCAAAUUGA